CCCAUAUCAACUCCUGGAUCAACGGCCCGCUCAAGAAGGAACACUUACGGGAUUCAUCCUAUCGUUCCAGUCCCACCUGAACUUGAACUGUCAAUUGUUUUUGUUAUGUGAAUACCUCGUUCCCUGUAAACUAUGCGCCGCUUGUAGCGCGCCGGAGUGUCACUAUAGCAGAGCAACAGAACCUCUCGGUCUAAUACGACCCGCGUACGCCCCGGGCACAGAAGCCAUCGGAACGCACGACCGGACGCAUAUUACACCGCAAAUACCCCUACGCUGACUUUACUGUCAAGACAAUUCGGAUUAUCUAUUAACUUCCUGCUUUCCUUUUUUAUUUGGAAUUAUAACGGCUUGUAAGAAUAAUGCCUUUCUUGAGUCCUGACUGGCGAUGUCCUGGGGACAAGUGGCUCAGAUCUAGCGAGUGUGGUAGUCUUUGGGAAACGGCGAAAAUAUAUCGCUUGAGAAUGUUUGAGGGAAUAAACGAAAUGGUGGUGAAACGUGUAUACCGGCAAUCAAUAAAAGAGGAAUCUGGACUUUUCGGUGCAUGCAUGAGCGAUCUUCUCAACGUCGUCAUUUACCAGCCACACGUCCGCCUGAAGCUUGGGAACGUUCGUGACCCUGGAACAACAACGAUUAGUGAAGCUUUUUUAAACUUGGAUAUGAAGGCAGCCGUCAGAGAUAUUCGCCGAUUCAACUAUGUGUGUAAGGUCGUUCAUCUGUUGUUGACUCACCAUUUCCACAAACUCACUGGCCGGCUACAGUUGUUUUUGGUUGAACUGUUGAGAACCAUCUUACUGCAAGUGCAAGUUAGUUGUAAUCAAACUGCGUUGUUUCGGCGACUGCUGUCCGAUCUCUCCACUAACCUCGAGAGGCACAAAUAUGAUCACAUUGGCAGUGGAAUUUUAUGGCAGCGUCACUUCAAGGCGCUAGAAGAGAUGAAUUCCGCCUUGGACGGAUUUGAUAUUGAGAAGAAACUCCGAGUAAUCGCGGCCAACCAACUUGACAAACCAGCAUCUCUGCAUAGAUGGAACGCAACUGCUCCCGAUGAUCUCACUUUGGAACAAUUGCCUCCUGAAUGUUUGUCACGUGUGCUCUCCUUUGUUAAUUGUCCACGGGAUUUGGAAACGGCUUCCUUGGCUUCUGGUGCAAUCGCCAGUUUGGUUGAGGAGGAUCACUUAUGGCGUAGCCUAACUCUCGCCCAUUUCACGAUGAAGCAAAUUUCUUCCGUGCACUUCGGCCGAGCAGGAUGGCGCAAUGAGCCUCCUGCGACCUUAAACGACUGCAAUUGGCGCAGAGCUUAUUUGCGUCUUCUCAAACGCUAUGGUGAUCAACAUUUCUACACUGCCAAACUCGCUAUUUGUGAAGUCUGCCUUUGUCUGUUCUGGCCGCUCUUUGGACAUCCGUGCCGGUAUCCAAACAAGGAGCCACGCAUUCGUAUUCUUUCUCCAGAAGAUCUAAUCACCCUGUUUGAAAUCUGAAGGCUCAGUUUGGUUUUCUACUCACUCACUUCGAGAGACCACUUGUUAGUAUCUCAUGUGUUAGCUCUUCCUUCCCUGAAAGAGCACUUCAUUUUGUCUUGCUUUACUUCUUUUCUCUCUCUUGCUUGGUCCAUAUUUUUAUUUUAACUCACUUUUCAUUUCCCUACAUCAACAUUACUUGCUAUGUACACAUCAUAGGGCUGAACAGAAGUCAAUUUCCGUUGAACUUGUGUCAUGAUUGUUUUUCUUCCGUUGCAUUUAGUCGCGCGCAUGACGAAUUUUACUCUACGUAGAUGACCAUCGUCAGUACAGAACUGUAAACUCUUAUCACGCCUCAUUUUCUGCCAUAUUUUUGUUCAUCUUUCGCCCAACAUUUUUGACUAAUGUUUUCCGACCUUUUGCCGUGUUUCUUGGCUCGCGCUAAUUUACUUUCGUAACAAGAUGAGGGUCCGGCGGACUCUUCACCUUAUUUGGUUUAUUCUGGCUGUAUGCCGAGGUAGCAUGAUUGUACUACUAUGUUUCAUCACGCAUUAUGGAGUUAAGCACGUCGGUCUUAGUUCCCAGCUUCCUUAUGUCUGGACGUUAAUCCGGAAGACUGAACGAAGCUGACGUUAGAUCAAAUAAUCGAAGCAUUGACUUGAUACCUUGACAUGUCCUAUUUCCCAUUCCAAUUUAGGCUACAUACUCAGUAACAGGGUCUUGACUUUGAAUCGCAAACAUCCCCGUGUUGACAAAUUUGUACGUUUUCUUUAGAAGAGAGCGCGGACAAAUUCUAGUGUCUCCAAAAAAUUCGCUGGUGCAACAUCGACGACACCUUUUUCUCAUAAAACGGAAUGAGAAAGGGGCAUUCUUACAUCAUUUGAAUUCUGUUAGUGAAAUUACACGCUCUACCAUGG